AGUAACCGGAAUGGAUAAUGAUAUUUUUCUAUAAUUUCAUUGUCAAUUUAGCUUCUGCUCAAAAUCUCCAAUCCUUUUUCUCCGCUUCUUCCAAACUCAAUUAUAAUUUCUACUUACUCCAUAUUUCCCCUCGUUGUAAUGAUUAUAAAAGGAUUAUUUAGAAGAUAUAAAAAAUGGAACCCUGUUCAUCCAACUUAUGGAGCCUUUUAUGGAAUGGGUUUUGGAAUAGGUUGUGGUGUUGGAUGGGGUCCUGGGUUUGGUCCUGAAGUUGUUGGCUAUGUUGGAUCUGGUUGUGGCGUUGGAUUCAAUGUUGGUGUUACUCUUGCUGGCUUUGGAAUUGGGCUUCCAGCAAACAUUAUCUUUGCAGCUCCGUAUAAUGCUUUUUUGGCAACAAAAAGCUCUGCAUUGAAGUUAGCACGUUCUGGUACACAAACAGCAGAGGACGUUUGGAUUAGAAAUUCACCUCUUGUGUCUGAUUUUCAACGAGAAGCCGGUGAAAAGUUCUCUUGCUUUCGCCAAAAGUAUUUAUCAAUCAAUGGAACUGAUUUCUUUGACGUGAAGAACAGCUUGCCUUUGCUUACUGCAUCUGCCUGUAAAAAUAUUCAAACAUUUCAUGACCAAUUUUUCCCUCAUAAAGGAAAAGAAGAUUCCUAAAACAACUACUCCCUCCGUCCCACAAUGAGUGACCCAGCCCACCUUUUCACACAUAUUAAGAAAAGUGGUUAAAAGUAAGAGAGAUAAUAGUAUUUUUACUAUACUACCCUUAUUAUGUAUUGGAAAUGAUGAAAUUUUUAUUAAUUAGAGGGUAAAACUGGAAAAAGUGUAUUGGAAAUUGAAAUGGGUCAUUCAUUUUGGGACAUCAUUUUAUUCCAAUUGGGUCACUCAUUGUGGGACGGAGGGAGUAUUGCUUUGGUUACUUUUUGAUGGAACAAGAGGUCUUAUUCUUAGCACUGGAGUUUAUUUCCCCCAGACUCUCCUAGCCUUCGAUAACGAUUCCAGGAUGGAGAGAACACAUCACUGACAAGAAAGACUAAAAGGGUAGUCGACAAAUAGAGAAGAAUAUCAAGUCAGAUAUUAUUGACGUGUCAGUUAUUAAAAAAUGUUACGUGUAUCAUGAUUUGUGAAGAAAUAUAGGAUAAUUUUGUUAUCAAUUCCACAAGUUAAAAACAUCUAUUUACUCUUCACUAAGUUGGUCUGAUCUUGUGUUCUGAGUUGUUAAAAUAUGUUGGUGUUUAGCAUAUAUUAGAGGCUUCUUGAAAUAUGUUGGUCAAAUAAAAUGUAAGAUUUUUUUUAUCUAAUAGAUAAUGACUAAAAUU